UUUCUUCAUUUUUUGUUACGUUUCUGGAUUAAAACCAUUUAUCUGUUUACAGAGUUUAAAUUUGUAAAAGAAGCAUUUUGUUACGAGUUAGACUGUGAGCGGAAUUAGCCGUUCUCUUCAGCAUGUCUCUGCCCAAGCGAGAGGUGGAGGAGCUGCGGCCCUGGGUGGAACGCACUGUAAAGAAGGUGCUGGGCUUUUCCGAACCCACUGUGGUCAUUGCAGCUUUGCACUGCGUGGGAAAAGGCCUGGACAAACAGAAGACAACAGAGCAGCUCAGGCCUUUUCUGGAUGAUUCGGCAAGUAGUUUUGUGGAGCGUCUGUUUGAGGCCCUGGAUGAAAGCAAGAACUCUCGGGGGAGUAAAGGCACAACCGAGAAAAACCGGAAGAGAGAACUAAAGGAAGUUUUUGGAGAUGAGGUAGAGCCACCAAGGGCUGGAGAGGGGGAUGAAUCUGCAGUAAAAAAGAGAAGAGUGCCUCGAUUUGAAGAGGUUGAUGAGCCAGAAGUUCUACCCGGACCUCCUAUGGAAAGUCCCGGCAUGCUCACCAAGAUGCAGAUUAAGCAGAUGAUGGAAGCAGCCACACGCCAGAUUGAGGAGAGGAAGAAGCAGCUAAGUUUUGUUGCUCCUGUUGCAUCGCCCAGAUUACCCUCGGGUCCUUCCCAGCCUGUGGCUCCUGGUGUGCGUCCUCUCCUUUCCGGAGUUGGCGCUGCAGGCUUGGGCCAGUCCAUCGGCCCCUCUCAGGCCGCCAGCUUUAUGAACGAUGCCAUCGAGAAGGCGCGCAAGGCUGCUGAGCUUCAAGCCAAGAUCCAAUCCACACUGACCCAGAAACCAGACAUCCUGGGAGCUCUGAACAAUACUGGCUCACAAAACCUGGUGGCACUUGCCAACCUUCAUGCCAUGGGCAUUGCACCACCCAAAGUGGACAUUCGUGAUCUGUCAAAGCCAACACCACUCAUUCUGGAUGAGCUUGGCAGGACUGUCGACGCUAGCGGCAAGGAAGUGGAGCUCACACAUCGCAUGCCCACGCUGAAAGCUAACAUCAGAGCAGUAAAACGAGAGCAGUUCAAGCUGCAGCUUAAGGAAAAGCCUUCAGACGACCUUGAGUCCACGUCGUUCUUCGACCCCAGAAUGGCCGUGCCACCACCGCAAAGACAAAGAAGAGGCUUCAGGUUCCACGAUAAAGGCCGAUUUGAGAAGAUAGCUCAGAGGAUACGCACAAAAGCUCAGUUGGAGAGGUUGCAGAUGGAAAUUGCGCAGGCAGCUAAAAAGACUGGUAUCCAAGCCUCGACCAAACUAGCUCUGAUUGCCCCUAAGAAAGAGCUUGGUGAGGACGAGGUGCCUAACAUGGAGUGGUGGGACUCUUUUAUCCUGCUUAACAGCACAGAAUUCUUUGAUAAUAUGGUGUUUGACAAUAUGGAGUUCCAUGGGAUCACUAAUUUGGUGGAGCACCCAGCCCAAAUGGCACCUCCAGUGGACGGUGAUAUAGCAGUGACGCUGGGUGUGUACCUGACAAAGAAGGAGCAGAAGAAGCUGAGGAGACAGACGCGGCGUGAGAAGCAGAAAGAGUUGCAGGAGCAGGUUCGGCUUGGUCUCAUGCCCCCACCAGAGCCCAAAGUACGUAUCUCCAAUCUGAUGCGUGUCCUGGGCACGGAGGCGGUGCAAGAUCCCACGAAGGUGGAGGCCCAUGUCAGAGCGCAGAUGGCUAAGAGACAAAAGGCUCACGAAGAGGCAAAUGCAGCACGUAAACUCACAGCGGAACAGAGGAAGGAGAAGAAAGUAAAGAAGCUGAAGGAGGAUCUGACUCAGGGUGUUCACAUUUCUGUCUACAGAAUCAGAAACUUGCAUAACCCAGCCAAGAAGUUCAAGGUGGAGGCCAAUGCAAACCAACUGUAUUUGACGGGCACCGUGGUUCUGCACAGAGACGUCAACAUUGUGGUGGUGGAGGGAGGACCCAAAUCGCAGAAAAAGUUCAAGCGACUGAUGCUGAACAGGAUCAAAUGGGAAGAGCCCAGUUCAAAGAGGGAAGAGAUUCAUGGCUCAGACGAUGAGGGAUCGAGAAAGCACAAUAAGUGCUCACUCGUUUGGGAGGGUACGGCAAAGGAGCGCAGCUAUGGUGAGGUAAAGUUUAAGCAGUGCCCGACGGAGAACAUGGCACGUGAGCACUUUAAGAAACACGGCACAGAGCACUACUGGGAUCUGGCAUUGAGUCAGAGUGUCCUGGAGACUGCAGAUGAUUAGAGGCCAUCACAUCAGUGAGGAGUAUGAAAGAGAACAAUGCAAUCCGAGUGAGACAGGCAGUCAUGUUUGGUCUUUUGAAGAAAAGUAGACAUUUAAGACUGCAUGGUAUAAUCACAUCCCGAUGAGCUCAGUGAGCUGGAUUUAAUCCAGCAUGUGCAGCAAGUUGACGGGCGUGUGUGUUCAGGUCUAGUUUAAUAACGGAACUGCUGCUGUUAAAUGGAUAUCAGACUAAUUGCUCAUGAUCACAUUAAACCAUUUGUGGACAGUCUGUGGACUCAGAUUUGACUUGUGAUGUGCAAAAAGCUGCUGGCUUGAACUCCAUCAUUCAGUGGACAAGGGUUUUUGUUUCCAAACCAAAAUGUAAAUUUCUUCUUUUUUAUUAAGUGGAUUGAAGAUACUCGCUGGUCUCUUCAGAGCUGUAAAGCUGAUACCAACUGCACCCAGUCAUUAAAGUUUGGAGGGGGAAACUGUA